AUGGGGCAGGUGGAACACGAGCUGGUCAAAGCCGAAAAGGGCUACCUGAAGGAGAUGCAGCAGGAGCAGUCUGACUUCGAUGAGAACCUGGUUGAUCUGGCUGGCAUUGUGGACACUUUCGCGCAGUACUCCAACCUGGCCAACAUCAAGGAGAUCUAUGAGAAUGUAGUCAGCGUCAACGAUCGCCUGCGGGAGGCUUCGUCCCAGGCCAAGCUCUUCAACUCCCGUGAGGCUCUUUUCGGACAAGAGUCCUCCGACUACACACACCUGCAGCAGCUUCAGAAGGAAUGGGAGCCCUUCUCCCAGCUUUGGGUCACGGCGUACCAUUGGCUGGAAGACUCCGAAAAGUGGAUGAACGGCCCCUUCCACGAGAUUGAUGCCAAGUAUUGUGAGCAGUCUGUCACAACAGGAGCGAAGACCCUGUUCAAGACGGUGAAAGGGCUCGAAAAGAGGGAGGACGCCGGCAAAGUCUUGCAAAUCGCAAGAGACAUCAAGGGCCAGAUCGAUGCCUUCCAGCCUUACGUGCCCAUUGUCACAGGCCUACGCAACCCUGGCAUGCGGGAGCGGCAUUGGACGCAGGUCAGUGAGCUGGUCGGGAACGAAGUGAAUCCCAACAUGGAGGAGUUCACGCUGAAGUCCUUCAUUUCUUUGGGCAUGCUGGACCACGUGUCUACGAUCAGUGACAUUGGCGAUCGCAGCGGCAAGGAGUUGUCGAUUGAGACACAGUUAACAAAUAUGAUGAGAGCGUGGGACAGCAUGAAAUUUGACUGCAGUGAGCCAUACCGCACCACGGAGACCUACAUCUUGAAAGGAGCUGACGAGGUAAUUGCGUUGAUCGACGAGCAGAUCGUCGUGACCCAGGCCAUGCAGUUUUCUCCCUUCAACAAGCCGUUCAAGGACGAAAUCGAUGCUUGGGCUGAGAAGCUCCUGUACAUGUCGGAGUGUCUCGACGGCUGGCUCAAGGUGCAACGUGCCUGGAUGUACCUGCAGCCCAUCUUUGACUCCCCUGACAUCAUGAAGCAGCUGCCGACGGAAGGAAAGAAGUUCCGCCUCGUGGACAGCAAGUGGCGGCAGACCAUGGCGCGGCUGCAUCAGAACUCGGCGGCCCUUCAGGCCUGCUCCAUGGAAGGUCUUCUGGAGAUGUGGAAUAACGCAAAUGCUGACCUCGACAUGGUCCAGAAAGGCCUCGAUGACUACCUGGAGACCAAGCGGGGUGCCUUUGCACGCUUCUACUUCCUGUCCAAUGAUGAACUGCUCGAAAUCUUGUCGCAGACGAAGGAUGGCGCGAUGGUUGUUGCUCAAUUCAUGCCCGGGAGUAUCAUUACACUGCUAGAUUAA